AUUUUUUUGAUGGAGAAAGAAAUGUUCUUUGAUUAUGUCAAGUGUGAGAUUCUAAUUUUGACAUGUCUUAUAUGGAAUUAUGUGAAGCCAUGGUUUAUAUUGAAGAAAUACUAUGCCAUGUGUCUCUGCAUGUUCAAAAGUUGUGUGAAAUGUGGUCAUAUUCCCUUUGAUGGGUUCUGCAAUUCUAUAUAUGAUGCAGCAGAUAUGAGCUAUAUAUGUUGUGGUUUGUUCUGGAAAGGUAGCGGAUUUAGUGAUUCUAGAGCUGUUAUCUAAAGCUCUGCUGCUGUCAUUGUAUUGGUUUCCUCAGGAUGGAAUGUGCCCGGUUAUAUAGCCUAUAUUGUUCAAGGUUAUAAUGCAUUUAUGAUGUGUUUGAAUGGAUCGAGAGUAGUUUGUUGGUGAACAAAUAUCUUCUAUAGCCUUGAGACUACACCUAGUUUUGGUAAAUGUUAAGAUUAUAUCUUCCAUAUAGGCCACUUCUGUGGUUUGUGAGAUCUAUGGAGAUCAUGGUGAAUAAUUUCAUGAAGAACCUCUGGGAAGACGAAUGCUAUCUUUGGGGAGAGUUCUUUUCAGAAACUAUUAUUACAUGUCAUUCAGAUGACUAUGUCUCUACCCUUCUCUAUAUAUGGACCUCUGAGAAUCUUCUGGCCUUUCUGGUUGCUUAUUUUUCUCUACCAACAUGAAGCUGGCUAUGCCAAUUCUCUUAUGUCAAAUGUUAUCUCGAUGGCAUUAGCUACAAAGUCUAUUUCUCAUAUGAGAGCAGCAGUAUCUUUCACUCCUUUGAAACUGGCAAGGAUGCAACAUUUUUGUUCAUUAUUAAGUUACCAAUGUUAUCCCAUAAUGGUCGGCGGGACUCUGUAGGUAGUGACUUGAGGGAGAGAAUUGACAGAAGCUAUUCUCCAAAGCGAGGGUAUUCACCAGCAAGAGAUGCCAGAGGACGACAUACACUUAGUGAAUAUAGUCCGUCCAGGUCCCCCGAAAAAGAAAGUAAGAGAAGGAAGAGACAGCACUUGGAUGAUCACAGUGAUUAUUCUGGAAGUUUGAGAAUUCCAAACAAGCCUGAGAAUGAAGCUAAAGAAGCCAGAAGUGUUUUUCAAAAGCAGUUACAGGUAGUGCAGUCAGAGCUCAAAAUGGUAGAGCAAGGCAGAUCUCAAUUAGAGGUCAAGCUAGGAGAGAGGUCUCAAGAAGUGGGCAGUCUUACUUCAAAAAUUCAAGAGCUUGAGGCUCAAUUAUACAAAGAAAAAGAGGAAUGUAAGAGGAUCUCCCAUAAAGUCAAGAAGUUUGUGAAAACAUAUUCUCAUCAUUCAAGGAUUCAAGAGCAACUUAAAAGAUCACAGGUCCGACUAAAUAAGUUGGGUGAGCAGCUUGGUUUGGAUACAUAUGUAACUGAUGUCAAUGAAGAUGUCUCAAGCAUUAAUGUUAUCAGCGAUGGGGAGACUGAUUUUCCAGUCACCUUAAAUAAGAAGUGGAUGAGUGAUGUUUCUCCGAUCAAGACAAGGCUCAAUGUAAUUAAGGAUUCUGCUCAAGAACCUAAACAAUCUGCUCAUUUGACAAGAAGACCACAGAAGCUCUCUCAGUGGAACAUAAAUCCUGCUCAAUCAAAUUUUGUGAAUGGAAAUGAUGCAAUAAACAAUGGAAUCUUAGCAAAGGACGGCAAGCAUGAAAGGAGGAAGACUGCUUCAUCUAGUGUCGUCUAUGCAGAUUUGUUAAAGAGUUCAGAGUCGAGACCUGAGGUACCCACAACCAGCAUGGCAGCUCAUGCAGUGGAUACUGAAAUUGACAUUGAACUGGAAGGUGAACUUGAGAAUGUUGAUGUUGCGUCUAGAAGAAUAGAGGGAGAACCUACAUAUGAGAGCGGGAUAUUUUUACUACCACUUCCUCCACCUCCCUCAUUCCCUCCAAAUAAUUUUUCACAGAAUGAGGGCGAUGACGAGUUUGUAGAUAUUGUGGAUGGAGUUGAGUAGGAGCUGAGCAGUAAGAUAUGUGGAAGGAGUUGAGUAGGAACUGACUAACAUGAUCAAUUUCUAUGUUUGGAGAUACCGGAAGAUUAAUGAAUGUGCA